AUGGAAGCACUAGGAGUUAUCCCUAAUGACAUAACAUGCAUUGCAGUUCUUCAUGCUUGUAGCCAUACCAGAUUGGUUCAAGAAGGGAAGAGGCUGUUUUGCAGAAUGGUUAAUGAAUUCAGUUUGGUCCCAAAGAUUGAACACGAUGGCUGUAUGGUAGACCUUCUCGGUCGAGCAGGAUCACUCGAAGAAGCUCAAGAACUAAUUAAGGACAUGCCUAUGAGGCCAAACUCGGCCAUAUUGGGAUCUUUUCUUGCUGCUUGCAAAGUUCACAAAAAUGUGAACCUUGCUGAAUGGGCUGCAAAACAGUUUCUAUCAUUAGAAUUCGAAAAAUAUGGAUACAAUCUCCUAAUGUCAAACAUCUAUGCUGCAUCAAACAGAUGGAAAAAUGUUGCUGAUAUAAGAAGAGCUAUGAAGGAUGCAGGGAUUCAUAAAGAACCAGAUUUCAGCUCCAUUGAAGUGCAUGGAACGAUUCAUGAAUUUGUAACGGGAGAUAGAGAACACCCAGAAACACCAAAGAUUUAUGAAAUGAUUGCUGAGAUGAGAGAAAAGCUAGAACAUGCUGGAUACACUCCAAAUAUAUCUGUUGUUCUGAAGAACAUAUAUAUGGAGGAAAAAGAGAGUGCAGUAAAUUAUCACAGUGAAAAACUUAUAAUGGCUUAUGGUUUGAUUAGCACAGGUCCUGGAAUUCAGCUUUGGAUUUUGAAGGAUCUCCUAACUUCAACUGCAGAGAGCAAAAUAUUUCACAUAACAGAAAUGCAUGAUAAGAUCAUAACAAUAAACAGAAAAAGUCUGGAGAUAGAAUAUGUAAAUUUUUCUAUGAAACUUAACAACAGCAGACAAAAUAGAAUAUGUAAAUUCUUUUAUGAAACUUAA